AAUUAAAUUAACAUGUAGUAAUAGUGUGUUUUUAAGCAAGAUGCUCGUAAACUUUACCUUGAUGGAGAAGGGAAUGUAGAUUUUGUAAAAAUUUAAGCAAGAUGGGAUGAAUUAAAAUCCAUUAAAGUGAGUUUGGGAAAUAAGUAUUUUACUCCAGAAGUGAUUGAAAAAGCAAAAUCUCUACCUUAAUAAGAUCAAUAAAGAUUUUUAGAUUUAAUGCUUGCUGGAUUGACAAAUGAUGAUAGCUCAGUAGGAAUUUGUGCUACAAGACCAUAAGAUUAUGAUUUUUAUGCUUUCUAUUUAGAGCAAUUAAUUAGAGAUUAUCAUUAGAUUUAAGGAGAUACUAAAUAAGAGCAUGAUUGGAAUAUACCAAUCGAUGAAUAUGUUUUGACAAAAAUAAAUCCAACUUUAGAAAAAGUAUCAAUGAGAGCCAGAGUGGCAAGAAAUGUUAAAGGAUGGAAUCUCCCACCUUCAAUGGAUAAAGAAGAAAGAUUAAAAUUUGAAAGUAAGAUGGUAGAAGCAUUUGAAUCAUUUGGAAUACCAGGAAAAUAUUAUAGUUUAACACCAGGACAUAAAAAUUAAAUAAGUGAGAAAGAAGCUGAUGAUUUAAGACAUAAACAUUUCUUAUUUAAUGAUAUGACAACAGAUAACUAUUUAACAGCUUCUGGAGUUGCAUCUGAUUGGCCAUAUGGAAGAGGAAUUUGGCUUAGUGAAGAUUAAACUAAAAUGAUAUGGGUGGGUGAAGAAGAUUUAUUAAGAAUUAUUUCAAUAGUUUAAGGUAAUGAUUUAGGUAAAGUUGAUAAAUCAUUACAUGAUCUAUUAACAGGAAUAGAAAAAAGUGGAUUAGAAUUUGCAGAACAUCCAGUCUAUGGUGUUAUUACUACAUGUCCUACUAAUAUGGGAACAGGUAAAAGAUAAUCAAUACUUGGAAAAUUCCCAAAUAUAACAAAAUAAGGAACUGAUGAAAAAAAAUUAAAAGAAAUUGCAAAAUAAUUUGGACUAUAAGCAAGAGGAUGUGGAGGUGAACAUUCAGCUAUGGAUAAAGAAGGAACUGCAGAUAUAUCUCCAUCAGCAAGAUUUGGAGUUACAGAAGCAAAUGUUACAAAGAAAUUAUAUGAAGGUCUAAUCAAAUUAUAUGAAAUUGAAGCAUAAGCAGGAAAUGAAUGAUAAAAUAUAUUCAAUUAUAAAAUCAAUAUGUUUAU